CUGACUUUGCAUGCAUUUCAUCCCAAUCCAUCUUUGUUGAAGCUCAUGCCAUGCUCAAGUUUUUUCUCAGUUCCCAAAGAUGUAAUCUUUUUCCACCUCUAAGCUUUCUCCUCCGCCACUCUCACUUCCACUCCUCCUCCGAUGUCCUCAAUCACAACCUUGAAAUCGCGGCAUCCGGCCGUGCUGGCCGUAUUCAAGACGCACGCAAGCUGUUCGACCAAAUGCCGAGCAGAGACGUUGUCUCUUGGAACGCCAUCAUCACUGCUUACUGGCAGAACAAUGACUUUGUUGAAUCCCGAAAGCUGUUUGAUUUAAUGCCUCUGAGAAAUGUAGUUUCUUGGAACUCCAUGAUAGCGGCUUGCUUUCAUAAUGGCUUGGUGGAUGAAGCUCUUUGGUAUUUCUUGAAGAUGCCUGCCAGGAAUGUGGCUUCCUAUAAUGCAGUGAUCUCUGGUUUUGUGAGGUUUGAUCGAAUGGAUGAUGCCGUGAGGAUUUUUGAAGCUAUGCCUGUGAAGAAUGUGAUUUCGUAUACUGCAAUGGUUGAUGGAUUUGCUAGUAAUGGGGAAGUUGACAAGGCUAGGGAAUUGUUUGAUCAGAUGCUGGAGAAGAAUGUAGUUUCUUGGACUGUGAUGAUUAGUGGGUACGUGGAGAAUGAAAGAUUUGAGGAUGCAAGGAAGUUGUUUGAUGAAAUGCCAGAGAAGAAUGUUAUCGCUUUCACGGCUAUGAUCACUGGAUAUUGUAAGGAGGGGAGAGUGAAUGAAGCAAGGAGAAUGUUUGAUGGGCUCAAGCAAAAGGAUGUUGUCUCUUGGAAUGCUAUGAUUUCCGGUUACGCACAUAAUGGAUACAGUGAGGAAGCAUUGAAGCUUCAUAUCCAAAUGGUGGAAUCUGGAAUGAAAGCUGAUCAUGCAACCUUGAUUGCGGUUCUAACAUCGUGUUCUGCCCUUGCAUUACUACAUCAAGGGAAGCAAAUUCAUGCAAUUGCCACAAAAAACAGCUUAGAUUCUAACAUUUCCCUGUGUAAUGCUUUAGUGACCAUGUACAGUAGAUGUGGGUCCAUCAAUGAUUCAGAAGCAGUAUUUCUAAAUAUCCCAACUCGAGACCUGGUCUCAUGGAAUACCAUAAUUGCAGCAUAUGCACAACAUGGAGAAUAUCAGAAAGCUCUUUCUUUUUUCCAUGAAAUGGAAGGAAAUGGUCUUAAGCCAAACGGCAUCACCUUUCUCAGCAUCUUAUCUGCUUGUGGCCAUGCAGGAAAAGUAAAUGAGAGUUUGUACUGGAUUGAUUUAAUGGGUUCAAAGUAUGAAAUUGCACCAAGACCUGAACAUUAUUCUUGUCUUGUUGAUACAUUAAGCAGAGCAGGCCGGUUGGAGAAAGCUUAUGAGUACAUUAAACAAAUGCCAUUUGAAGCAGAAGGUUCUGUUUGGGGUGCACUACUCGGGGCUUGCUUGAUGCAUUCAAAUGUAAAACUUGGGGAAUUAGCUGCAGAGAAGCUUGUGCAAUUGGAUCCUCAAAAUUCUGGGGCUUAUGUGAUGUUAUCUAACAUAUAUGCCGCAGGCGGUAUGUGGGUGGAUGUUACUAAGAUUCGCGGAGUGAUGAAAGAGCAAGGAGCUAAGAAACAGCCUGGCUAUAGUUGGACAGAGAUUUCGAAUAAAGUUCAUUUUUUCUUGGGAGGUGAUGUGUCACAUCCAGACAUCAAUAAGAUUCAUUUGGAGCUUAAAAGAAUUAGUUUGCAUAUGAAAAUAACCUAUGAUCAAGUUCUGUGGCCUGAGUUGUCAUUUAUAUCUGAUAGCAGGUAGAAUAAAGGGGAUGGCCGUUCUGUGGAAUUGUAGGUUCAUGAGAGCAGGGAUAACGGUUAAUCAGUGAAGAUAUUAUUUAGAUAUUUAUAUGUGUGUAGCUGCUCGAUUGUGUUAUAAGGCAGUUAAUUUUAUAUCUGUAACUAAGUGGGCGCUAUGGACUGGUACAAGGAACAAUUAUGCAAGUUUGCAGAAGAGAUAUACUGGAAGUUUUCUCAGACGCAAUGUUUAUUGGACUAAAUUGCACAAUUUCUUUCUCAAAUGAUCUUCAUUCACCUCUGGGAUAUUUUGACCAAAGAGGAUGAACUCAAACUCAAAAGAAAUGUGGGAAGUUGUAUCAAAGACAAUUACUAUCUAUUCAGAAACUAAAGAUGGGAUUGUUGUUUUGGAAGGAGAUUAGGGGAGUGACAGAGUACUUUGAUUCAAAUUCAUAACUGUUGAUAUGAUUUUCGGAAUCUCAUUGAAUUCUCUUGCGACUUUCUGUGAAGUCUUGUGCUUUGUCUUCCUCACAAAAUGGUUAGGAGAAUGAAUGGCAGAGGAUGAUAUCCUUACAUUCAUUUUUCAAGCUGCCAUACAGGUCAUCAUGGAGAUUGACAAAAUCUGUUGCAAUUUCUGGGUGAGGGAUCAUCAACAUUAAGAAAUUUAACGAUGCGUCGGUUGAAACUGGUGGUGGAAAAUAAGCUCGAGUUCUAGUCACACGAAAUCAAGCUCAAAGUACUAUCAAAGAAGCCACCUUUAGGAGGACCUAUCUCAUAUUUCAUUGCAGAGAAAAUCCUUUUCCUUUUUCUAGAUGGAUAUCUUGCUCAUCUUACUAGCUUUUCGCCUUUCUUCUAGAAGGACCAAUGGAUCAAUGACAGAGCAUCUCGGGAUAUUCGGUUCGAUGUCUUCUAAGGUUUGGUGACUUUCUCAUUUUCUCUUUUAAUUAUUCUUGAUUUUGCGAGGCACGAAUCUCCUAUAUCAUUUUUUUCAAUGACAGAAGAUUUAGAUGAAAAUCGGUGGUACCAUUUCCAGAAAUGUAUAUGUCUUCUAAAAAUUAAAAUUUUCAACUGCCUUGCAUUAAGAUGAUGAAAUUUUGACCAUGGAUCAUUUAGCCAGAAAGAGGAUAUGAAAUCAUUUUGCUU